UGACGACAGUUAGCGUUACUUUUUGGUUUCUUUUUUACUUUCUUUAUAUUAGCACUUUUCAGAGAUAGCUCAAUGAUAUUAUAAGAAGCCUUCAAGAGACGUUUUACUAUUGUCAUGUUUAUUAGGAAGUUUUUUCGACGUUUUGUCUUUGGUGGUUCACAGUACGCUAACAAAAGUAGCUAGUAUUUAGCUAAUUUGAGCAUCCUCCUGCACCUGUGUACAUAUAUUGUGAUGCUGAAUUUAGCUUUGGCUGUCAUAACAAAACACCAGUCAGAUUUGAGGACAUGUCACUGUGUCUGAGUUAAUGUUACAAUGUUAGCCACCUCCGUUUCUCGGCAGUUUUUAUUCAGACAGUGAUGUUUAGACUGACUGGUCUUUUCAGAGUAGUACGCAGGAGCCUUUGCAGCGCUGCCGACGACAUGCCAAAGGGGAAAUUUUUCUACGCAGUUAGGAAAGGAUUGAAACCGGGAGUCUACUCUACGUGGGAUGAAUGUAAGAGACAGGUGGACAAAUUUUCAGGUCCAUCCUUCAAGAAGUUUGCAUCAGAGCGAGAUGCCUGGGCCUUUGUCAGAGGAGUCGAGCCUUCUUCAGCUCCACAGGUCAAUAAAGUAAUUCAGAGCGUGGAGUCGGACAUCUCUCUGCUUCCUAAACGAGGCCCUGAGCCACUGGAGUACAUCCCUCUUGGCAAGAAGAGAUGUCUCUCAGAGGAGGAGCCAGAACAGCAUCCCAAACGAGUCAAACAGUCAGAGAGCUCAUCAUCAGAAAGCACAGAGGGAUUCACAUACAUGGGUGAUGCUGUGGUUGUUUACACCGAUGGCUGCUGCUCAGCCAACGGAAAGAGCAAAGCGUGUGCCGGCAUUGGCGUGUACUGGGGCCCCGGCCACCCACUAAAUGUUGCAGAGCGGCUAGAAGGAAGACAGACUAACCAGCGCGCAGAGAUACAAGCAGCAUGCAAAGCACUGGAACAGGCCAUAGAGAAGAACAUUAAGAAGUUGGUUCUUUACACUGACAGCAAAUUUACGAUCAAUGGUGUGACCAGCUGGGUGAAAAACUGGAAGCUGAAUGGAUGGAGGUUGAAAUCUGGAGGUCAGAUCAUCAACAAAGAAGACUUUGACAAGCUGGACAGAUUGAAUGCACAGCUGGAGGUGGUCUGGAUCCAUAUUCCAGGUCACGCCGGCUACAGAGGCAACGAGGAGGCCGACAGACUGUCGAGAGAAGGAGCAGCAAAGCCUCGACAGGAGCAACAGGAAGUUGAUUAGCACUGAAGAGAUUGGCUGCUGGACUGUUUGUUUAUGCUGGUCUUCGGUUUAUCAACCAGUUGACAACUUUGAUUUGGAGGUUUGUUUUUCCUCUCAGCAACAUUUGUGACUGAACUGAAACUUUGAGGGGGAGACUCGAUGUGUUGGUCAGCUUUUCUGUUGAAUGUUUAUUUUAGUUUGUGUUUCUGCUUUGAAUAAAGUUUACAGUUGCUGCUGUGACCACCUAUUGUGGCUUGUGAUGCAGCGUGAGACCAA